GCGGCCCACGUGAAGCCGCAUGGAGUGUAAACAACAUCUGUGAGAAGGAAAAGUGAUGAAAAUGAGGUCGUUUAUUCCAAAUAUCGAAGACCCAGCUGAUUCAGAUGAAUCCAGUGAUGAAAUUCCCCCAGGUGGUGUGUUUCCCUUGGGGGGAAUACAAGCGGCUGAUGAUGAUGAAGAUGAAGAUGAGGUUAAUGGCAUCUCCAAUGAUGAAGAUAAUGCUGAUGCAGACUCCAAUGACGAAGUAGAUGGCAGUGAAGAUUACCCGGAAGUAGUCCAGAAUGGUGUGGCAAAUGGCAGUGAGGAUAACACAGAGGUGGAGGCCAAUGGGCAUGGCAACAUUGAUUCCAGUGAAGAGCUUGAGAAUGACAGUGAUGCUGAAUACAGUGAUGCAGAAGAUGUUGAUGCAAAUGACAGCGAUGCAAAUGACAGUGACAUAAAUGACAGUGACAAUGAGGAAGAUGAUGAGGAGGACAAUGAUGUAGACCAAACUGUUGAGGAUGAAGACGAUGAUAUGGACCACCUGGAUGGCAGCGACAUUGAUGAUGAAGAGGACUUUGUAGAGAUGAAAAGUGAUUCUGAGGAAGAUUCAGACACUGAUUCUGAGGACGGAGAAGAGGCCACAAUGGAGAGUCUGUUUGGGAUCGAGCCUAAUGUUAAGGAAGCAAAUGCCCCCCCAGAUUAUGAGGCCAAAUCCGGCAUUGUGGGCCUGUGUUUCCAUCCAAAGC